CUCCAAUUCAGAGCCAAAACAGUCACAGAGUAGUUCAGUAGUAACAAUUUUAUGUCCCUUUUUCUCACUCUCUAGAAACGAAACAAAAUUCCAAGUAAACCAAAUUCAAUAUAUAUAUAGAUAUCCAUUGAGCGCUGAUUGUGUGGGUAAAGUGCAUAAAUGUCGAAGGCAACCAAGCUGCGAUUCGCACUGAUCACCGAGGAUGCGCUGGACAAGCUGAGGCCUCGCUCCCAGUCCGAAAAUACGCGUUCCAUGUACAUGAAUGACAUCUACGUGGCCAUCCGGACGGCGGUCAACGAGGUGGUGGACGAGAAGAUGCUGCAGCUCAACGCCACCGUCAAUCGAAUGGUCGAGGAGCGGGUGACCAACAUACUGGAGCACCAAUUGCACAAGGGCUCGUUGGCCGGACGCAGUGGCUCCGUGGGCAGGAAAAGGGAUAUGGAUUCCCUGCUCUCCAGCAAGGACAAAGAACACAAGGCAGCUAGGCCAGCUGCUCCAGUGGAAUCCAUAAGCUCACUGCGAUUUUCCAAUCUCAAAUACGGACGCAGCAAGAGGCAUAAUCCCAGCACCAAGGAGCACGUGACCUUCGCACCCGACGAUCAGCUGACCAAGAGGAACCGCGCCAAGGCACAGAAGAUCACCGUGAUGCCCAGCCAUCGGGAGAACCAGCUGAAGGGCACCGCCUCCAACAGCGACAGCAAUCCCAACCAGAGUCCACCGAUGGCUACAACUCCAGCGCCACUCAGCAUGGAUCACAAUAAGCUGGAUGAGGACGACUACGAUAACUUCUCCGAUGUGGAGGAGCCCUCCAUUCUCAGCAUGGCUGCCAAGUAUCUCAAGAAACUCGAGGAUGCCCGCCGUCGAAAGCAUUUGCAGUAGUAUAGCCAGUAUAAUACCCUGUACUUCAAAUUGUUUUCAAGGAUCCCCCCCGGCUUUCGUAGGAUACUUCUUCGUAAUUCCUUACCUCGUCAACACAAUUCUUGAAGUGAGCGUGUAUAUAAUACCAUUAAAUAAUGGGAAUGGGUAGAAUGAGUAAAUAAAUUAAAUUAAGUGAGUGGAA